GCGGAUUUUUAAUUUAUUUUUAUAAUUGCCAGUUGUGGAAAAAUGUCUUCAGUGCCUGAUGGCAAGAAAUUGGUUCGAAGCCCAAGUGGACUUCGAAUGGUCCCGGAGAAUGGAGCGUUUAACAGCCCUUUUUCGUUAGAUGAACCUCAGUGGGUCCCGGACAAAGAGUGCCCAAGCUGUAUGCAGUGCACCAAAAAAUUUGACUUCCUUACAAGAAAGCACCACUGCCGGCGGUGUGGCCGGUGUUUCUGUGAUAAGUGCUGCAGUAAGAAGGUGACUCUUCCCCGGAUGUGCUUCGUUGACCCGGUCCGGCAGUGUGGAGAGUGCAGCCGGGUCUCCCAGAAGGAAAUGGAGUUCUAUGACAAACAGCUUAAAGUGCUUAUGGGAGGUGGUACAUUUAUUGUCACUUUGGGCACCUCCGAGAAGUCUGAGACCAUGAUGUGUCGUCUCUCCAACAACCACAGGUACCUCUUCUUAGAUGGGGAGAGCCAUUUUGAGGUGGAGCUGUCUCGGAUCUCCAGUAUGCAGGUGUUGACAGAGGAGUCCACCCCCGAAGAGAAUGACAUUCACACUUACACCAGUCUGCUGGACAGUCAGUCUAUCUCUGAAGGUGGAAACUGCAGGGCCAGUGGCAUGUUGCUCCACUACAAACCAAUGGGCUCUCAGGACCCCAAGCAGCUACGCAUGGAGGCAGCAGAGGACAAGAAAACCGCCUCCUCAUGGCUUGCUGCCAUGCACAAGGGUGCCAAACUGCUGUAUGAAGCUCGGGACCAGUGACUGGGUUAAAUGCGGAAGACACAUUUCAGUUGAAUGUAAUCAGUUGUACAACUGACUAGGUAUCCCCCUUUUCCCUUUCAUUGCUAAGAUGACUAGAGAGUGAGAUGGCACAGACCAAGUGUUUUCUUUCCUACCCUUAAGUCUCUCAUUCUCUAAAUGUAGACAUUGGAUUUUAGCCACACUUCACUUGAACUAUUUGGCCAAUAACCCAUCCUAAUACUGCCAUCUAUGUAAUGCUGUAAUAGACAUAAGACACUUGGCAUAACCCUUUCCCUUCACCACUAUUAAUGUGACAAAUUACCUUAAAAGCAUUAUGUAGGGUCUGUGACACAUAGUUCAAGUGAAGUUUCUUUAUAUAUUCUGUCUAUGCUCUGCUUUCAGUGCUGACAGAUUAUUCACUGAUUCUAGUGAAAUAUAUACUACCGGUCAAAAGUUUUAGAACACCUACUCAUUUAAGUGUUUUUCUUUAUUUUACUGUUUUCUACAUUGUAGAAUAAUAGUGAAGACAAACUAUG